CAGAGGCGAAUACCUUGGUCUGUGCCCUCAGGAGGAUGGUAAAAAGCAGAAUGGUAGAGCAGGCCAAGUGCCCUGAGUCUUGGUAGGAAAAAGGAAAGUUCCAGGCUGGUGAUGUGGUCAGGUUCUUUUAUAGAGCUGGCAUUUAUUUGAGUUGGCCCUUGAAGGUUGGAAAACGUUGUGACAGGUGCGAGAGGCGGAGGCAGACAGUGCCGCCAGACUCCCAGCCAAGAGCAGAGGGCAUCGUGGAGCCAGGAUGAAUUCGCAGCUCCGUCUUCCCUCGCGGCCUCUAGUUUUCCUGAGGAACGGCAUGGACUCUCUGAAGACCUUGUAACUCAAUGUGCUCAUCUGACUGCAGCCAUGAGCAGCAAUGAGUGCUUCAAGUGCGGACGGUCUGGCCACUGGGCCCGGGAGUGCCCCACUGGUGGAGGCCGCGGUCGUGGGAUGAGAAGCCGUGGCAGAGGUGGUUUUACCUCGGAUAGAGGCUUCCAGUUUGUCGCCUCGUCUCUCCCAGACAUCUGCUACCGCUGUGGCGAGUCUGGCCACCUUGCCAAGGACUGCGACCUUCAGGAGGAUGCCUGCUAUAACUGCGGCCGAGGCGGCCACAUCGCCAAGGACUGCAAGGAGCCCAAGCGGGAGCGGGAGCAGUGCUGCUACAACUGCGGCAAGCCCGGCCACCUGGCUCGCGACUGCGACCAUGCCGACGAGCAGAAGUGCUACUCCUGCGGCGAGUUCGGGCACAUCCAGAAGGACUGCACCAAGGUCAAGUGCUACAGGUGUGGCGAAACUGGUCACGUAGCCAUCAACUGCAGCAAGACGAGUGAAGUCAACUGUUACCGCUGUGGCGAGUCAGGGCACCUUGCGCGGGAGUGCACGAUCGAGGCCACAGCUUAAUCGCUCUCCUUUGUCGCCCCUCCUUUUCUGAUUGAUGGUUGUAUUAUUUUCUCUGAAUCCUCUUCACUGGCCAAAGGUUGGCAGACAGAGGCUACUCCCAGGCCAGUGAGCUUUACUUGCCGUGUAAAAGGAGGAAAGGGGUGGAAAAAAAAUCGACUUUCUGCAUUUAACUACAAAAAAAAAAAGUUUAUGUUUAGUUUGGUAGAGGUGUUAAUGUAUAAUGCUUUGUUAAAGAACCCCCUUUCCGCGCCACUGGUGAAUAGGGAUUGAUGAAUGGGAAGAGUUGAGUCAGACCAGGAAGCCCGUUCUGGGUUUCUCGAAUAUGUUCCCAUGUAGGAGGUAAAACCGAUCCUGGAAGUGUCUGUGAGCUUCCAUAAAUAACUUUAAUUUUAGCAUAAUGACUGCCUUGGAUUGUCUGACCUCAGUAGCUAUUAAAUAACAUCGAGUAACAUCUGUAUCAGGCCCUACAUAGAACAUGCAGCUGAGUGGGAGUAAACAAACAAAAAGACAAACACGCGUGUUAAUGGCCGUGCGAGAACACGCGGGAUAGAAGCCUGAGCAGGGACAGCCUCACCACAGCGUUGAUGCUGGGUAAACAGAUGGUGAUGGCAGUGGUGUAGAACACGUUUUCAAAGACUAAAUCUAAAACCCAGAGUAAACAUCUAUGCUCAGAGUUAGCAUAAUUUGGAGCUAUUCAGGAAUUGCAGAGAAAUGCAUUUUCACAGAAAUCAAGAUGUUAUUUUUGUAUACUAUAUCACUUAGACAACUGUGUUUCAUUUGCUGUAAUCAGUUUUUAAAAGUCAGAUGGAAAAAGCAACUGAAGUCCUAGAAAAUAGAAAUGUAAUUUUAAGCUAUCCAAUAAAGCUGGAGGAGGAAGGGGAGUCUGACUAAA